AUGAAAAAUAUUCAUCUAUUUGGGAAACUCGUGAUUCGAGGAUGUAUUAAAUGUCAAAAACGUACGUUCAUUCAUCGGUGGAGCAAAUUCAUACGAUGGCAAGAGUUGGUAGCUGAAGAAGUAGAAGAGAAGAAAGUUGAAAAUUCAGUGAAGAAUUACAUGAAACUAGCAGGUGGUGGAUAUAUUUCGCCUGAACGAGUUGAAGAUGUUCUGCCAAGAAAACAGCCGGAGGAUGUGCCAAAUGAUAUCGAAUUUAAUACAUUUUAUACACAGCUACGAUAUGUCGACCAUAGUCUGGAUAAUUUACGUCGCUUUAAACGUUAUGAACAUUUUCAACAUCUCCAAUAUGAUCAAAGAUUUAUUCCGGAACGUUUGCUAUUUCUUGGCCCAGAUUUAGCUGCUGCUCAUUUUUUGGUGCAUCGUGGAGCAGCUGUGAAAUUUGUCGCUGAUAAAGUAUGGAUAAAAAAGGAUCAUAAAGGAAAUUACGCAUUACCAGGACAAAAAAUCCCGGGCUUGUACAUUGAGGCAAUUGAUGCUAGCGACACAGAAUUGAUGUUCGAAGGUUUGGAAAAUCUAGCCAGUUUACGUCAUUUACGAUUGCUAAGACUUGCUGGUUGUUGUUAUGCUGAUGAUUGGAUGAUGUCACGAAUUGGUGCAUUGUUCCCGGAAUCACUUGAAAUGCUAGAUCUUAGUGACUGUACUCGAAUCACAGCCAAAGGCUUGGCUGGUCUACGAACGCUUAAGAAAUUGCGCUAUCUUCGUUUAGAAGGAAUGGAUCAUGUCAAGGAUAUUGCAAAAACGGCUUUGUUAUUGGAAGAAUCGAUUCCAAAUUUGAGAAUAUUUGGGAUCAGUUAUGAAAAUGCUAUGCAAUUACUGCAGAAGGAAAUUGAACUUUUGGCAAACGAUAGGGUUAUCACGGAUGCAAAAGGUAAUGCAUAUGCUGAAGAUGAUGAUGGGCGAUUAUUUUAUGUUGCUGGUCGAGUAAACGAACGACCUGCUGUUACGGACGAUGACAAACCGUUAAUGACAAGUACAAUUCGGCGGGAGCUUCCUGAAAUGGAAAUUGCUGAAUUCGAACGACUGGACGAACUUUCGGGUGGUAAAUUACGACAUUUAUUAGUGGGUUCACCUAGUGGUUAUUCAUGGACACAAGAGGUGGAAACGAUUCUGAGUUUUGAAGAAAAAUGGAAGAAGAAGCGUGGUAUUCCUGUUGAUCAAAAACUUUUGCCAAAAUCAAAACGCAUGCCACAGUUAAAAGAUCCGGUGGUAUCGACCAAUAAUUCAUUACUUGAUAAACAGGAAGAACAUAUAUUAAUCGAAGAUAAGAUGAGAUAA